GUACAACCUUCGUCUUUGGAGAGUCGGAGUUAAUGGCAAAUAUUUUUUCACUGCUCAUGAUUGCAAAGAAUAUCAAAUGUAUAUCAAAUGUUGGUUUGGAAGCCUUGCGGAUUUUAUUCUACUGGUACUGAUCUUUCUUCCGUUUGGAGGUAUGUGUAUAUUAUUACUUUUAUUUAGGCUAUCUAUCGAGUCUGUCUAGGACGGCAUAUAAACCUAAUUAUGCAUUUAGGGCUUUUCGUCCUCACGCGAGCAACGUAUACGACAAUCGUAAACGCACAAGCUCGUACGCCUUUAAAAACUAGCCAGAUUAGACUAAGCAUAGCCAAUGUAUCACUGAUGCUUACGAUGGCAAGCGAAAGAUACGUAUACUUAUGUCCGUCGUAUAAUUUGUCAGUCAGUCCCAGUGACUUUAUUCAGUUUGUCUACCUGGGUAAGCAAAUCGCUUUUUUCAUUUGCCUCUUUACCGAGGCAAAUUAUAACCUCAAUUGUGAUUCAGUUUGUUCGCCUCUUUUGCUGCAUUCACCUCGUUAAGAAAAGUAGUGAACUACGACAGGAAAGUAAUCUGCUAAAGCCGAUUUUGCUGAGUUGAUUGAUUAGGGCGCUUUGAAGCUAAUUGUCUCCUCGUGACAAGAUUUCCUGGAUUGUGUUCAUGCAUAAUCCACAGCUGAUAACUGGUUAGGCCCCUGGAACGACAGUGCUGCGAAACAUAUGAAAUGAGCAUGAAGAAGUUUGUCUUCCCCUCAAAUCCUCACUUAAACGUACACUACCUUCCCAAAAUACUUAUACAGAAAAUAUUAAACUGUCCCUCGCACCCGCGUCCGACUGCCAUACGUAACGCUCACGGAUGUCCAACCGAGAGGUCGCAGGUUCAAGAGUGCUAAGAAUCUCUUUAACACUUUUAUCGCCAUUUCGUUUUAAAGCGCGUUCAGAAAGAAUCAUAGAUUUUCACUUUCUAGCGCUUACAAAUUGGCCGCCGUUUCACUGUGCUAGCAUGGAUAGGGUGCUACGCGGUGGGGACAGGAAACUGGUAAAACAGCGAAACAAACUUCUAAAUGUCAAAACAAACUUCCCAACAAAUCGAGUUCUCAGAUGCUUUUAAGACAAAAAUAGGUAGCUGCCCUGUCCAGGCCGCAAUAAAUGAAUGUUGCUGGGUGUAUAUGUGAUUACUGAAAUGAAACGCCAUCAUAAAAAGAGAUAAAUAUUAGUUAUUAUCAUUAUUAGAAAAAUACGAGAAAAAAUAUUUAUACGUAGCUCAUUUAAGGAGCAGUCAACAUCAUCAGUGUAACGAAUGUUUCAUCAGUUAACCAUCGGACGUACACACAAAUUCAUAUCCCCACCGUGGUACAAGGGGGGCACUUUGCAUGAUUGUAGCCUCAAGAUUUACUUUUAUUUUAGAUAGAAGUUGAAAAAAAAAGUGUUUUCACUCAAAAAUGGUUUGACUACUUACCACUUACCACUUAUGACGUCUAAUCUCGUAACCAUGGAAACUGACCAUCACUGAACUUGUCUUAAAAUGCGCGAGAUAUAAACGAACAGUUACUGAAAGCGUCAGAUGCUGAUGUUUUAUCCUCUUGGAAAAAAAAAAAAAACUCAGAAAAACCUAGGGGGCUGGCAACCAGCCCCCUUGUACUUCAGCGGGUUAAUAUUCUUAACAAUUGAAAAGAAUUUAUUCAUUGAAAGUGGAAUUUAAUACGGUAGUGAAAAAAGGGAGAAAUUUUUUUUUCUUAAUUCUAAACAUGCAUGUGACAGUUUUUAAUAUAUUGAGUUGGUCAGCCUAACCUUUUUUUUUCAAACUAGCCUUUUUCACUCUAGUUGUUAGUUUUAUAGAACUUUUACAAGUGUAGUUAUUGCUUUAAGACUUAAAGGUGUUUCGAUGCAGUUUUUCAGAGGCCAUACCGAUAUUUUUCAAUCGCCUUAAAAGUGUUUUUUUCCUUCUUCGAUCGCUAUAAAAUUUUCAGCAGUAAUUGGCUAUGGAUUAAAAUUUGUGAAAAUGUAAUUUUAAGUAAAAUCGAUAUUACUAUGACAACAAUAAACAAAAAAUUUGAAAUUGAUAAAAGCCGAAAUUUUUGUGAUCUAGACCAGCUACUGAAAAUCCAACACUAAGAGCUCAAAAUUUGUGUUUAGCCAAGAAUCUGCGUAAAAAGUAAAAAAAUUCUGUGUGUUUGAAUUCCACUAAAACGAAAAUAUAUUUCAAAUCUUAAAUUUUCAAUAGCCAUGAUAGAUUGUUUAAUAAAAACGUUAUAAAUGACUCAAAUUAUUCUUAAGUAGCGGCAGAAUGCCGCUUAAUAUCAUAUUUUUAUGCUAGGAAAUUUUGGUGUAUUUUCGUUCUUGUCAUCUUUAAAACUAAACCCGUUUUCUCACCACCUGUCUAAGUGCAACUUCAUUCAAAAUUUAAACUUUUAGGGCUUUUUUGUAUAUCUCUGAAACGACUCGCACGAAUUUUUUUUAAAAAUCUCUUCACAUAAUCUUCAUAAUGUAUAUAAUAAUGUCUGAACCUUUUAUUAAGAUUGAUUCACUUUAACGAACGUGCCAAAAAUAUGUGUUACAACAUUCACUGUUUUGACGUUAUGCCCAUAUUUUCAAAAUAAUGCGCACUGUACAUAUCUCCAUGACUAGUACAUUUUAGUUUGAAUUUAUCGCAUCUUUUGAAUGUAAAGCAUUAACACUACUCACACUGAAAUGUACUAGUCAUGGACAUAUGUCUAUUGAAAAUUUAAGGAUUGAUAUUUAUUUUCGUUUUAGUCGAAUUCAAACAUACAGAAUUUUUUGCUUCUUACGGAGCCUUAUUUGCUAAACACCAAAAGUUCUUAGUGUUGGAUUUUCAGUAGCUGGUCUAGAUCGCGCAAAAUUAGGCGUUUAUCAGUUUCAAAGUUUUUGGUUUAUUGUUGUCAUAGUAACAUAGAUUUUACCAAAAUCUACAUUUUGACAAAUUUCAAUCUAUAGUCAAUCUUUGGUGAAAAUUUUAUAGUGAUCAGACAAGGAUAGUAUAGCCUCUGAAAAACUAUAUCGAAACACCUUAAAACAAUGGCUUUACUUGUAAAUAACACUUGCAAAAGUUUAAUUACAGUGUAAUUGACUCGAGGUCUGGGACACCAAAAAAAAAAAAAAAAUUCUGAGUUGUCCUUUUUUUUUUCAGUUGGCAAAAUACAGUUAAUUUUACCAUAUCAAGGAAUAACUGUAAGAAGCCUGAUUAACUCGUCUGUGAACUUCACCUGGAGAUUCUCAGGAGACGUUGCGGGAAUUGAAUUUGGUUUCAAGGCAACUAAUGCAGCCACAAUAGAGAAAAAUGGGAGAAUAUUAUUUCUAAACACCUUUGGAAAAACGGUAUAUGUACAUCAAAGUUUUACUGGACGAGUGACUGGAAGCCGUACUGGUAACUCAUCCUCUGGUCAAGUCAUCUUCAAUCUCAGUGGCAUUACGCUGAAUGAUACAGAUACUUAUGGGUGUCAAUUAUAUGCAAACAAUGUACAAGAUAGUGGUCAAUUUGAUUACGCCAGACUGAUUGUUGAAGGUGAUGUACACUUUCUUCAUACAGAUAUUUUCGAUCGAGUACUAUGAAGGUAGAAUUUUUUUUCUUCGUGAAGACCUCACGUAUAACAAAAUACAUUUUUUGUAGAUGAAUAAAAAUUCUUCAGCAAAGUGGUUUACCGAGCCGCGUACUUAACUAAUUGUUAAAGUGGGUACUACAACAGUGAAAUAAUUGGGCGCAAAAAAUGAAAACAAUAAUGAUUGUGAUUGCUACUGACGAUUACAUAUUUAAGCGCGCACUGACCGAACGGCCGUCGUGUUUUUUUUCUGACAAAUAAAACUUUGAAGGCAUUAAUGUUUUCCGCUUUUUCGGGGACACCGUUCCAAGGGAAUUGCCAAUUCUUCAGUAUCUGAAAACAUUAUGUUUUGAAAUACCAUUUGAUUUAGUGUUACUGCUAAUUUAUGAACUUAUUAGCUAAAUAAAAAAGCACAAGACAUUGUAAAUUUGUAAACAAAAAACUGUUUACUGGUUAUACAUCGGUAAAUGCAGGUUAAUAACAGACAAAGCUUAGCUGUUGUCAGAAUCAACAGUUUAUUUUUGACACUUCAUUGUUUUUUACGGUAGAAAUUUUGCUUGGAGGUAAAUAGCUACAGAAUAGUCGUCAUGUUCUAGACAAUGAUCGCUAAUUGCUAAUUCAUGUUUUGUGACAGCGGUUGGGAGUCAUUAUCAAGUAUUUGGAAAAAUAUUCCUGCUAAAGCUUUCAUCCAUUUUUUGUAAUGUAAUGUAAUGAAAUAUAACUCUUUUUAGUGCGUUAUAAUUAUUUUAUGGUUUUGGCCUCAUUUGAUUGCACUUAAACUACACAAGGCGAAACUCUUCCCCCGGUCCAUUAAAUUCACAAGCCACACUUUGAUCGCAAAAAAUUCUAACAGUAACUCAUUCUUGCCCCUCCAACGAGCCAUCUUUGUUACCGCCAGAAACUUGUAACUAAGCGCCAUUAAAUGAGUUAACAUCUCAUCUGUGUUCGAAUUCUUAGAAAUACCAAGAAUCACACAUCCAGUGACAGCAAUUAUAAGCUACAGUCAAGGGAGUCCCGUCAAUGUAAGCUGUAUUGCGACAGGGACACCAGAAUCAGAUGUGGUGUGGAUCAGUAUUAGUACCACUCAAGUUAUGAGUUCUGGAUUUGAAAAGGCUUAUCUCAUCUUCAGUUCUAUAAGCAAGGCAGAUGCAGGAAUAUACAUAUGUAGAGCCAACAACUCUGCAGGAAGUGGUGAAAAAACAUUUGAACUUACCGUUAAAUGUGAGUAUAUUACUGAGUAGAACUUAAAACUUUAUCGGUCUACUUUGGCCUUCGUUGGAAUACGUCACGCCAUUCUUUUCCCAUGUCGACGUGCUUUUUAGGAAAUCUAUGUUUUCGUUGUUUUAGCUCAGGGUCUUUCUUUCUUUUUGUACCUUACUAAUGUUUUAUAACCCUCCUCUUUAGUUUGAUUUUAGCUGUUGCUUGGCUCUCGUCGGUCGACAUUGCAUCCGCAAAAUAUCAACUUAUAAUGUCAGGAUUGAAACUAAUUCAAGGAGUGGAAUAGCAUUGGUACCCGAGCAUCUUUGAUAUAGUCUUACCUACCAGACACCUGCCAGACAUACAAUUUUUUCUCCAGCCUAUACCUACAGUGACGUGUUGUAUACUCUUUUUAGCCACGGUGAUAGAAACACAAGUUACCGAGAUUUAACAUAAAACCUGGUGUUCUCUUUUUCCUGGUGGUGGUAUCAGACGAAUAAAAGACGAUAGAUAUCUUUAUUAAAGAUUUGAUAUGACUGCGUUAUCAGUGCUCUAAUAUGCUGAGGAAUUUAUUCUACAACAGUGCCACACUGUAAAAAAACACUUUGAGUUUAAAAGGAAAUGAGUACAGGGCUUGACUGGAGAGAAUCUGUUUUGUUUGUCUCUAAGUUUAUAGUCUACGAGACGCUGUUGUUUACAGUUCUAAAUAAAUGUUCUUGCUUCAGAUUCAGAUUUAAAAGUUUUUACUUAACACUUUGUUCUUGUAAGCUCCAAUCUUGCUCCACACAUUCGAACGUGACCUCGAGUUGACUGCUGUUUGGAGAUAAACACCGACAAAGGGUGGUCACUGCCAGAGAUAAGUACAGCUGUUAGUUCUUUGACACCGUACCUUCGCACACCAGAGGGCCUAACCCUUUGUAGGUGGCAGCAUCUUCUCAGAUAUCGUAAAACCCUGAAUGUUGACUUGGUGUGGACUAGCCCGGCAAUCACUCGAAAGUCACUCAGCUAACUAAAGGAAAUUAACUUGGCAAUCCGUUCUCCUGUACGCCAUCCACUUAAGGCCUUUAACAGCAGGAGGCCGGGGCGGAUGUAGAGUUUACUACCGGCAGCAUCAACAUACCAGAAGAAAGUUCUAAGGGAGUCUGAGAAGAACGUUGAAAUAUGCUUGGGUUCAUGGAAAAGCAAGACCCUGUCCGAAUAUCAGGAGAGGAUAAUAUCCUUCCUUGCAUCUGCAACUAAAGCAGUGAUAACUAUAUAACAGACCGAAAGUAGCUGAACGCCCUUAUUCACAUUUUAAUAAAUUAUGAUAAAAACAUCCUGCGUGAGUCAUUUUAUUACCCUACAAUGUGUCAGUUAGACGACUUCCGAAUUAGUCAAAAGUUCCUUUUUCGUGCCCAUUUAUUUCCUUUCACUAUACUGGAUAGGCGGUGAAUUUAUAUCUCCGCUUUAAUGCCUUAUUUGCAUGUUAAAAUAAAUAAAUAGAUAAAAAAUGAAUUGGUAUUCCUAACAAAGUCCAGACCACUCAUAGGUGGUAAGAAUGGUUUGACGAUGUGAUAAUAAUAACAUAUUUUUCCGAUGAUAAUUGACAGACCCAGCCGUCAUACAAGGCCUUACUUCUUCCUCGCCAAUGUCCUGUAUUGGGCACACUGUAACGUUUAACUUGCAAGUCAGAUGCUGUUCCUAUACCAACGCUCACCUUGUGCAAGCCUGA